CGGGGCAGCCCAGAGAGCCGGAGGAGCCGCGGUGGCCGGCGCGGCGCCGCGUUGGCGCGCACGCGCCUGAGCGCGCGCCCGGUAGGGCGGGCCGGGACUCGCCGCUCGCACGCCCUUGGGCCGCGGCCGGGAGCCCGCUCUGCUUUCCGCUUCCGACGCGCUGUCCAGGGAGCCGGUGGAUGUGCGGCAAUAACAUGUCUGCCCCAUUGCCCUCCGUCGUUCCUGCUGCCCGGAAGGCCACCGCCGCGGUUAUUUUCCUUCAUGGAUUGGGAGAUACUGGGCACGGAUGGGCAGAAGCUUUUGCAGGUAUCAGAAGUUCACAUAUCAAAUAUAUCUGCCCGCAUGCGCCAGUUAUGCCUGUUACAUUGAAUAUGAAAAUGGCUAUGCCUUCUUGGUUUGAUAUCAUUGGACUUUCACCAGAUGCUCAUGAGGAUGAACCUGGAAUUAAACAAGCGGCAGAAAAUGUAAAAGCUUUGAUAGAUCAAGAAGUGAAGAAUGGCAUUCCAUCUAACAGAAUUAUUUUGGGAGGAUUUUCUCAGGGAGGAGCCUUGUCUUUGUACACUGCUCUCACCACACAGCAGAAACUGGCAGGUGUCACUGCACUCAGUUGUUGGCUUCCACUCCGGGCUUCAUUCCCACAGAGUCCCAUCAGCGGCCCUAAUAGAGAGCUAUCUAUUCUUCAGUGCCAUGGAGAUUGUGAUCCUUUAGUUCCGCUAAUGUUUGGUUCUCUUACUGUUGAAAAACUAAAGACUUUGGUAAAUCCAGCAAAUGUAACCUUCAAAAUCUAUGAAGGCAUGAUGCACUGUUCAUGUCAACAGGAAAUGAUGGAUGUCAAGCAAUUCAUUGAUAAACUCCUACCUCCGGUUGAUUGACAUCACUAAGAGGCCUUGUGUAGACGUACACCAGCAUCAUUGCAGUAGAGUCUAAACCUUUUCCCAUGCUCAACUUUAAAACUUUUAAUGUUUGCAGUGUUGAAAUGUUUUGCAGAUACACACCAAUGAUACAGACAAAAUAAUGGCUCCUCCGUGGGAAACCUAGGAUCUUUUAAGUUUCUAUACAUGUAUUUGUAUACGAUGAUCCAGACUACAUUAGUAUUAAAAUAGGUGAAGCACCUAGCUUCUUUUUCUUAAAUGUAAUUGAGCAAAAUAAAAUACUACAACCAAAUUUUUUAUCAUAUCAUUUGAAAAUUACUAGUAUGCUUGACAAAAAUUUGUUUCAGUAUAAACAAGCAAUCAAGAUAUAAACAAUUUAUGCAUGCUGUGACUUGGUCUAUGGAUUUAUUCCAAAAUUGCUUAGUCACCAUGCAGUAUCUGUAUUUUUUAAUAUAUAUAUAUAUUCGUAUAUACAUAAUGAUGGUAAUACAUACAAUUAGAUGGUGUUACAUUAUUCCUGAUAAUAGGGAUAAUGCUUAUAAGUGUCAACAGAGAAUAGUGUUGCUCUUUUCAAUUAAUUGCCCUUUUAUUUGGGGGACCAGGCUGUUCUUUUCCUUGAUAUUAUUUCUAUUUAAUAUUCUUUUCUCUCGAGAAAAAUAAAAGUCCUUUCUUUCUUGAUUGUC